AUGGCGUUUCUAAGCCCUUUCGAGAUGAUCUUGGCCAUUCUCGGGUUUUUCAUUGUCUUCUUCUAUUCUUUUCGAAGAACCGAUUCCUUCCCGACAAAUUGGCCUUUCUUAGGGAUGUUGCCCGGUCUUCUAGCGUUUGUUGAUAGUAUCCACGAACGCACGGCUAACCUUCUUGGAUUAACCGGAGGCACGUUCGUGUUCAAAGGCCCUUGGUUUAUCAACAUGGACAUGGUGAACACGGCCGAUCCUGCCAAUGUUCACCAUAUCAUGAGUUCCAACUUUUCUAAUUUCCCUAAAGGUCCCGAAUUUCUCAAAAUAUUUGAUGUCUUGGGAGAUGGUAUUUUCAAUUCCGACGAGGAAAUGUGGAAACGACAGAGGAAGUUGGCUCGAGUGCUCAUCAACCACAACCGGUUCAAAAAAUAUCUCUUUGAUACGAGUAGGAAGAAAGUCUCGGAUGGGAUCGUUGUGUUUCUCAAGAAUGCGGCAAAACUAGGUCUUGUGGUCGACUUGCAAGACAUGUUUCAAAGGUAUACUUUCGAUACUACUUGUGUUUUGAUCACGGGCUAUGACCCCGGUUGCUUAUCAACCGAUCUUCCCGAGGUCCCGUUUGCCACGGCGCUUGAUAACGCGGAGGAAGCGAUAUUCCGACGCCAUGUUAUUCCCAAAUCUAUUUGGAAGCUACAAAAGCUAUUCAACGUUGGAUACGAAAAGAAACUAAAGGAAGCUUGGGUUACAUUAGAUGAAAUUACAAACAAGUACAUAACUAUGAAACGAGAAGAGCUCGAGAAGAAAAAAGGAAAUAUUGCAUCAAUCGAAAAAGAAGAAGAAGAAGACGAGGGAGCGGAUUUGUUGACGUCGUACAUGAAUGAAGACGAAACAACAUCUGUGGGGCUAGAACCAGACGACAAGUUCCUCCGAGACACAAUCAUUAAUCUCAUGUUAGCCGGAAGGGACACGACAAGCUCAGCAUUGACCUGGUUUAUCUGGAUGGUCUCCCAACAUCCUAAAAUCGCAAAGAGAAUCCGCGAAGAGCUAACAACAAUCCUAAACCCUAAAGAUGUCGAAAGACAACAUUUGUUCACGAUAGAUGAGGUGAGCAAGCUUCCUUAUCUGCAUGGCGCGUUGUGCGAGGCAUUGCGACUUUAUCCUCCUGUUCCCAUACAACACAAAGAGCCGAUACAACCGGACACACUUCCAAGUGGAAUCAAAGUCAAACCGGGCAUGAAGAUCGUGAUCUCUAUGUAUGCAAUGGGGAGGAUGAAAUUCAUAUGGGGGGACGAUUGUUUGGAAUUCAAACCGGAGAGGUGGUUCACGGAGAAGGGUACGAUCAAGCACGAGCCAUCGUAUAAAUUCUUCGCAUUCAACGCAGGGCCGAGGACUUGCCUAGGGAAGGACGUCGCGUUCACUCAGAUGAAGACAGUGGGUGCCACCAUUAUCCAUAAUUUCAGUGUCGAGGUCAUCGAAGGUCAUGUGGUCGAGCCUAACGUGUCCAUAAUUCUCUAUAUGAAACAUGGCCUUAAAGCUAGGAUCAGCCAGAGGUGGUCUUGAUUAAUGUUUCUAAUUAGUUCAUAAUUUC